GCACUUUUCACUCUGGAAUACUGCCCUUGUUUUCUUGUCUUUCUGUGGUGUGGCUUUGAUGGUACAGCUGAGGGCUGUGUUUCUGUGGCAGGACGGUACAACGUUAAAGGCUUUUCUCCUGACCUGACAUCCUACACCGACCGCCAUCCCUGUGGGACACCUUCGGAUCCCCUGAAAGUGGGGAGAGCCACCUGUUUCUGGGGGAGGACUACAGCGAGGAAAGAGAAGGUCUAAGACAAGAGUGGACUGAGCUUUAGCUACCUGCAUAGGGUUACUACAUAGGGUUACUAGCAGCAGUAGCAGGCUGUGGGCAGGCUGGAAGUACGCACACAGGAAUGUUUGGAUUUUACUAGCAUAUACCAGCACACUCUUAAAUGAAACGUAGAAGAAUAGUUGAAUGAGAGGAGAGAGAGCAAGAGAGAGAAGAGAAAAAAAACCAAAGGCUCGGGUAGAGGAUUAAAAAAAAAGGCUGACAGAUUAAGUCUUGUGUGAGGAAGAAAAGGAAAGGUGAGCAGAGCUGCUAAUGUGUGAGAGAGGAUCUGCUGGGAGAGUACACACUGGCGCUCCAUCAGUGAGUGAAUUAGCACUGUUCCUCCCAGUGAAACCCACCUGGAACAACCAGAACAGCUGUACGCCAAGCAAGGAAAGAGACAGAGAAGUGAAUAACUGACUUUGCAGUAGCGCAGGAACACUGUCGGGACAGGAAAGCAAGUACACUGCCAAACAGGUGAAGUCUGCAAAGCAAGGGACUGCACAGACUGGAGGAAAUAUCAAGAUGAUGUCUGUGAGGUGCAGUCGGCGUUGCCACUCCCUCUCUGAUGACUCUGAGGAAGCCAAUGGAAACCAUGCAGAUCCUGGACCAGAACCAGAACCUGAAGAGCUGGAUUGGGAUAGCUAUAGCACCACACUGGAGCACAGAAUAGCAGCUGAGCAGGAGUGUGCCCAGGUGUCCGAGCAGCACUGUGUCCAGCUGGAGAAGGCCCGGCGUGAGCUGGAGCGGCAGCUGUCAGGCCUGUCAGAGCGUCUGGAGGAGGAGGAGACCUGCUCAACCCAGCUGGCCCUCCACAGGGACAGGCUGGAGGCCGAGUGCAGCAGCCUCAGAAGAGACCUGGAUGAACUGGAAAACGCCCUGGCUGUGGCGGAACGGGACAAACAGUCAUCAGACAGUGAGGUGAGGAGGCUGUCGGAACAGCUCUUUCAGAAGGACGGAGCGGUGCAGAAGCUCCAGAAGGAGAAGGAACAUCUGGUGGAGCUCAGCCAGCAGGCCAUCGAGGACCUGCAGAGCGAAGAGGAGAAGGUGAACCUGCUGACCAAAGAGAAAACCAAGUUACAGAUGCAAGCUGAAGAUCUCGAAUACCGACUGGAGCAGGAGCGCCGUCAACGUAGUGAGCUUGAGAAGAGCAGGAGGAAACUGGAGGGUGAUAGCAGAUCCACACAAGACAGUCUGGGAGAGAUGGAGAAGAACAGAAGCGGGCUGGAAGACCUCAUCAAAAGGAAGGACCUGGAGAUCAGCAGCACUAGUUCCAAGCUAGAAGCAGAAGAGGCCGUCAACAUUGGACUGCAGAGGAAGAACAAGGAGCUGCAGGCUCGCAUCGAGGAGUUGGAAGAGGAGCUGGAAGCAGAGCGGGCCAUGAGAGCCAAGGUUGAGAAGCAGAGAGCAGAUCUAACCAGAGAACUGGAUGAUCUCACUGACCGACUGGAGGAAGCAGGAGGGGUCACCGCCUCACAGAUGGAGGUGAACAAGAAGCGAGAGGCUGAGAUGCAGCGUCUGAGGCGAGACCUGGAGGAGUCCUCCGUCCAGUCAGAGGCUCUGGCUGUGUCUCUGAGGAAACGACACAGUGAUGCCAUGGCGGAGCUGAGCGAGCAGUGCGAGGCUCUGCAGCGGGUCAGGGCCAAACUGGAGAAAGAGAAGCAGAACCUGAGGAUGGAGGUGGACGAGCUGGCCGCUUCUCUGGACAAUCUGCAGAAAGCCAAGACGUCCUCUGAAAGCCAGAUGAAGAAGCUGGAGGAGCAGCUGUCAGAAGCCAACAGGAGAGGAGACGACCUGCAGAGGGCCCUGACUGAGCUCAGCGUGGCCAAGAACAGACUCACAGCUGAUAAUGCAGACGUGGGUCGGCAGAUGGAGGAGGCCGAGAGCAGAGCCAGCCAGCUGAGCCGCGCCAAGACCCUGCUCCAAUCCCAAGUGGAAGAACUGAAGAAACAACUGGAUGAGGAGGUCAAGUAUAAGCAGGCGGUCAGCAGCAGCCUGAGCUCGGCGCGGCAGGAGUGCGAGGUGCUGAAGGAGCAGCUGGAGGAGGAGCAGGAGAGCAAGCAGGAGCUGCAGCGCCUUGUCUCCAAACUCAACAGCGAGGUGACGCACUGGAGGAGCAGACAUGAAUCCGACACCAUCCAGCACGCCGAUGAGCUGGAGGACACCAAGAAGAAGCUGGCAACCAGGCUCCAGGAGGCGGAGGAGGCUGUGGAGGCCACCCAAGCCAAAUGUUCUUCACUGGAGAAAACCAAACAGAGGUUGCAGGGAGAGGUGGAGGACCUCUGCAUGGACCUGGAGAAGGCCAGCAGCUGCGGUCAGGCUCUGGAUAAGAAGCAGCGGAUCCUGGAGAAGCAGCUCGGAGACUGGAAACAGAAGUGCGAGGAGCUGGUGGCCGAGGUGGAGGGCUGCCAGAAGGAGAGCAGGCAACACGCCAGCGAGCUCUUCAAACUCAAGACGGCACACGAAGAGUCUCUGGAGCAGCUGGAGGCCGUACGCAGGGAGAACAAGGCCUACCAGGAGGAGAUAGCUGACCUUACAGACCAGCUCUCAGAUGGAGGUAAAAGUGUCCAUGAGCUCCAGAAAGCAAAGAAGAAGAUUGAGAUGGAGAAAGAAGAGUUGCAGGCCUCACUGGAAGAGUCCGAGGCAGCUUUGGAGGCUGAGGAGACCAAGGUGCUGAGGCUGCAACUGGAGUUGUCUCAGGCUAAAGGAGACCUGGAGCGCAGACUUCAGGAGAAGGAGGAAGAGACAGAAGCCACCAGAAAAAGCCACCAGAGGGCGCUGGAGUCCCUGCAGGCCAGUCUGGAUGUGGAGGUGAAGGGCAGGGCAGAGGGACUGAAGCUGAAGAAGAAACUGGAGGCUGACAUCAACGACCUGGAGCUGCAGGUGGACCUGCUCACCAAGAACAAUGCGGAGCUCAGCAAGAACAGCAAGAAGAUGCAGCAGCAGAUCAAGGACCUGCAGGCUCAGUUGGAGGAGGAGGUACGGAGCCACGAGGAGCGCAGGGAGGAGCAGGCAGCCCUGGAGCGACGCUGCGCCCUGCUGGUCAGCGAGGGGGAGGAGACUCGUGCGGCCCUGGAGUGCGCAGAGAGGGCCCGUAAGGCCCUGGAGACUGAGCUGCAGGAGGCCAACGAGAAAUACUGUGACCUUAACAACCAGUUCCAGUCGACUCUGAGCGGGAGGAGGAAGCUGGAGGUGGAUCUCCAGACUCUGCAGCAGGAGCACGAGGAGCUGCAGGUAGAGCUGAGGGGAUCCACAGACAAGAUCAAGAAGGCCAGCUGUGAGUUGGCGCGAGUGGGGGAGGAGCUGCGUCUGGAGCAGGAGCACACGCUCCACCUGGAGAGAGUGAAGAAGGGUCUGGAGGCUCAGAUCAAAGACAUGAGCAGCAGGCUGGACGAGGCCGAGCAGAUGGCUCUGAAAGGAGGCAAGAAGAUCAUCCAGAAGUUGGAGGGAAAGGUGAAGGAGCUGGAGCUGGAGCUGGACUCGGAGCAGAAGCGGCACGCUGAGACGGUGAAGACGCUGCGGAAGAACGAGCGUCGGCUGAAGGAGCUGCUGUUUCAGUCAGAGGAGGACCAGAAGAACCAGCAGAGGAUGCAGGAGCUGGUGGAGAGGCUGCAGAACAAGAUGAAGGCCUACAAGAGACAAGUGGAGGAGGCUGAGGAACAAGCUAACAUGAACCUGGCGAAGUACAGGAAGACCGUCCAUGAGCUGGACGACGCUGAGGAGCGUGCUGACAUCGCUGAGUCAGCACUCACCAAGAUCAGGACCAAGAACAGAGGCAGCUUCGGCAAGGGCUACUCCUCUGGUUACAGCACUCCCUACCCCGGCCUGGUCCGGUCUCCCAGCUCUGUGGGCUCAGAGGGCAGGGGGGAGAAGAUCCUCAACGAUGACAACGAGUCUGUCAGCUCCCUCAUCCCAGCGUAUCUCGACUCCCUCAAGAAGCUCAUGAUUGACUAGGAACCCCUUCUGCGACUCUCUCCAGGUGCUACAUCAUUCUGGCUCUGAUGUGAACAUGGUACAGUAUGAAGUCUGAAACAUGAGAGAGGCUGAACCUGCAGUUUCACAGCACAUUCAGGUCAACCAUUCGCUGUCACCUGUUUGUGUAUACUGUACAUUUCUAUUGAAUUUUUCUACAGUUUACUCGUGCCUUCCUCUCUUUGUUAUGACUGCAGUCUGUACGAUCACAGCUUUAAUAACACACUCCAGCUUUAAUCCAAAACACUUCUGUAUCCUCUUCAUUAUGUAAUAUUUGUAUGUAAAAACAGAUUGAAUAUGGAAAACUGUAAGUGCUCUACAACCCCACUUAAGGUAACACUUUAUUACAACGACCAGUUAGCAGUCAUUUAUAAGGUGUCAGUUAAUUAUGAACAUCAUUAACAAAUCAUUCAUCUACUGUUAGUCAUUACAGACAUGUUUGAAGCUACAACCUAAAGUAUUCACCAUUUUUAAAUGCACCGUGUGCCGCAACCCGCUGUCUCAACAAUGUUGCCUCUGUUCACACUGUGAAAAAUAAACUAAGACAAACAUAUGAAACUUUUUCUAUUGAUAAAUACAUGUAUAAAAUUAGGCCUCACCUUCACUAAGUUAACAACAGGGAAGCUAAAACUGCAGUAAAUGCUACCUAGCUAAAUCAGAUAAAACCUCAUCUGUAUACUAUUAGCUAGCUAAAUGUUUUGCAACUGCAAAGGGGUAGAGGUAAAAAAAAAAAAAAAAAUCAUAUUCCUUUUAAGUUUAAUAAAAUGUUCUAUUAGCUAGCACAGUAGAACAACGAGGCUAGCAAAUAUGUAAGGAAAUAUUUUAGGCAACAAGGCUAGGCUAGCAGGUUAGCCCAGAAGUCUGGGUUAACAAGUUAGCUUUUGUUGAUUCCUAACCGUGAUAUUUCAAACACAACUCAACACACUUAAAGCUAUAAGCUACAUUUCCAUGUACUGAAUACUGUGUGUAGCCAGUAUUUCCUACAUGUGAGCAGAAUAUGUGAAACCCUGUAGAUUAAUACAGUCCGCUGGUUCAAACCAGUUUUAACUGGUCAAACUUUCAGCAUUAUGCUGUGUCACAAUAUAUUGCAUAUGAGUUAAUAUUUCACAUAUAUAAAUAUAUAAAAUGAUUAGUUCAUCAGUAACUAAUGGCUUAUAAAUGUAUUAAAUCCAACCUUUAUUAUAAAGUGUUACCAAGUAAGAUAUGCAACAAAGUGCCAUAAAAACACAAGUUAUUUUAGGUCAAUAAUAACAAAUGCAAUGUCAAUGUCUUUUAUGUGAACUAUCUGAUAAAGUGUAUCUCUGUCUGAACUUUUAACCACAUCUUUAUUAUCACUGCCUGAACCUGUAACAAGGCUUGGCCAAACCAUUUUAUUGUUGAAUGUGAAAGUGUUUUUUAGGAAAUAAAAGACUUUUUUCAUUAGUA